AACAGGCGAACAGGGAGCGAGUGUCAAGCGAAAUAAGCAACACUUCUAAAGCUCUUUCGUUUGUGUUGAGCGAUUCUUUGGCUAGCGCCCACGUUUUCUGGCUUCGCGGUUUCAAAAGCCUCGGCGUCUAUGGCCAACGCAGCGUCUUUCAGUGGUCGGCUUCCCAGCAUAAGCGGAAGGACAGCAUGCAGUGCACCCUAUAACACGCUCCCAUCUCGCUUUCUGCCUGUUCCCAGCCCGGCGUCAUACUUGCUUCCAAGCAGGCGCCUUAAAGUUUCAAGGCUUUCCCUUGUAUUGCCCAGAGCAGUACUAGCUAAUUAUGCGUUACCUGAGAUCGGGGGACCACACAAGGUGGAUGACGUUAUGACGAAGGGUAAGAUUUUCAGCGCUCGAGUGAACACAUCUGUGGACGAAGCCCUGGAGCUCAUGGUCAAGCACAGAGUGUCUGGCCUUCCAGUCCUGGACGAGUCAAAUAGGGUGGUUGGAGUAGUGUCAGACUAUGAUUUGCUCUCGCUGGAUGCGGUUUCUGGCAAAAUGCAGGAAGCCGGCUUUUUCCCAAGGGCAGACACAAACUGGGACUCCUUCCACGAAGUGCAGAAGCUUGUCCUCAAGAACGCCGGCAGGGUGGUGGGCGACGUGAUGACAGAGAAUCCAGUGGUCGUCCGCGCCAACACUGACAUGACAUCAGCCGCCCGCAUGCUCCUGGACACCCGGGUGAGGAGGUUGCCUGUUGUGGACGAUGAUGGCCGCCUGGUGGGCAUUUUCACAAGGGGUGACGUCAUCAAGGCUGCUCUGGAUGUGCGCCGCGCGGCUGCCGGCCGCUCCGGCUGAUCUGGGCGCUGACGUGUACAAUCAUGUGAUGGCUUAGGAGCCACCACACAUUCUUUUUGGCCGGCUGUGUUGCCGGCAGCAUUGCUUCAAGAGCAGGCUUUUGUUCAAAGGAGAGCAUUGGCAGAGAGAUGGUAGCGCAAGUAGAUAGACACAUUCAUGCGGCCGAGGCAGCCUGCCAGAAUCUGGAUCUCUUCUCUACACUUCCCUUGUUGGUUGCCUGCGGUGUGCCGUUACAUACAAGUGCUUCUCUUUGUGUUAUAUGGUGGUCAGGAUGUGCACAUCCUGAAAUAUGUGGGGACAAGACUUGGGGGCCUGACUACAAAAUGUGAUUUGUGACAUGCACAGAGGGGAAGAUUAAAGGUCUCACUGGACCAUUUAACUGACAAGGCUGCUUUUAUUCAUGUCACACAUGCUUACUUGGAGUCAGUUGUUGGGAGCC